AUGGUGAACAUCCUCGUAGACGAAGGAAGCGACUCGACGCUCAUGACGAGCUCUUUUGCGAGAAAGUUGAGUUUGCAAGGAAAGGCGCAGAUAUUGGAAGUGGAUGGAGUCGGAGGCGAAAUAACUCGCCACAAGUCAAAGAGGGUCAAAUUUAUCUUGAUCACGGAGUCCGAAGAGCAGCUCGAGAUCGAAGCAUCAACUAUGAAGAAAGUAGCCAAUCAAGCCCCUGUCGUGAAUUGGAAGAAGAAGAAGCUCAACUGGCCGCAUAUUUCAGAUCUACCAGUCGGAGAAGUCGGCGGUAACAUCGACCUGUUGAUAGGCCUGGAUUAUGCCCAUCUACUAGUCGUUAGCGAGUCAAGAGGAGGAGAAGUUGGCCAACCAAUCGCUUCUCACACCAAGUUCGGAUGGAUUAUUCGAGGCGUCACCGGGCCAGAAUCGACCCAGAAUCCCGUUCGUAGUUUCCAAGCCGUCAGCACAGUUCUGUUAGAGGAUGUCAAGGUGGAGCUACGUAGGUUUUGCGAUACGGAGGAGUUUGGAACAGAGUUUCAAUCCGGAUGCGUCUCACCGGACAACAAACGCGCUCUAGAUUUGGUGACGAAGAAUACCCGGAAGUUGGAUGUCGGAUAUCAGGUGCCCAUCACCUGGCGCGUAGAUGAACCUGAUUUAAUCAACAUUCAAGAAAUGGCCAUGAAUCGAUGGAGGAGUCUGCUGCGUCGUUUUGAUCGAAAUCCAGAUUUCGAAAGGGACUACAGAGCGGCCAUGGCAAAGACGUUUGAACAAGGUUACGCGUCCGUUCUCCAAGAUCCAUCUGAGGCGAAAUAUUUUCUCGCUCAUCACGGCGUCUAUAAAGGACCGAAGCUUCGUGUGGUGUUCGACGCUGCUGCCACCUUUCGCGGAAAAUGCCUGAAUUACUCCAUUAUAGCAGGCCCAGCUUUACAACCUUCGUUGGCCGCUGUCAUCACCCGAUUUCGAGCUCAUUAA